AUGGGCUUCUGGAAGCCUGGAGCAAGUAUCAUCCAUCAGAUCGUGCUAGAGAACCACGCCUUCCCGGGCGGAAUGAUGGUGGGCACGGACUCCCACACACCCAAUGCAGGAGGCAUGGGCAUGAUUGCCAUUGGAGUCGGAGGUGCGGAUGCCGUGGACGUGAUGGCCGGGCUGCCCUUGGAAUUGACCGCGCCCAAGGUGCUCGGGGUCCGGCUGACCGGUGAAUUAUCCAAGUGGGCAUCCCCUAAGGAUAUCAUCAACACCAUUGCUGGGAUGAUAUCUGUUAAGGGAGGCACAGGUUCAAUUAUUGAGUAUUAUGGACCGGGAGCCCAGACUCUAUCUGCAACAGGAAUGGCGACAGUAUGCAAUAUGGGUGCAGAGACUGGCGCCACAACGUCACUCUUCCCAUAUGCGCCACAGAUGGCGGACUAUCUUCGAGCCAACAGCCAACCAGACAUGGCCCGAGCUGUUGAAUGGAUUUCCCCUGAACUCCAUGCCGACGAAGGGGCCGAAUAUGAUCAUGUCAUUCAAAUCGACUUAUCAACUCUAGAACCCUGUAUCAACGGGCCGUUCACACCUGACCUUUCGACCCCAGUGUCCAAGUUUGGGUCCGCUGUUGCAGAAAAUAAAUGGCCAGACAAUCUCACAGCUGGACUAAUUGGAUCCUGUACCAAUUCUUCUUUCGAGGAUAUGGGUCGCGCUGCGAGCCUGGCGCAACAGGCAUUAGAUGUGGGUUUGAAACCCAAAAUGCCGUUGCUGGUAUCUCCAGGGAGCUUGCAGACAAGAGAGACAUUGGAGAAAGCCGGUAUUCUGCAAGUCUUCGAGAAACUCGGGGCUACAAUGCUCCCCAAUGCUUGCGGUCCAAACUCCAUUAUUACCUCAUACAAUCGGAAUUCCUCUGGCCACCUGGACUCAAACCCUGCCACUCACGUCUUUCUUGCCUCACCCGAAGUGGUCAUGGGCAAGAUUUUCUCCGGGGAUCUUUCCUUCGACCCAAGUGCCGACUCGAUACCUACGUCCUCGGGCGCUGAAUUCCGAUUUGUGCCUCCAGCCGGCGAUGCCCUUCCCCAACAAGGCUACGAAGAUUCAGACUCUUCGUACAAGGCACCGCCAACAGGCGACCGCAGCCAGCUCGCAGCGCAAAUCAAUCCCUCCUCAGAGCGUCUUCCGAAGCUUGCACCCUUCGCGCCCUGGAACGGCAACGACUACGAAAACUGCCUCAUCUUGAUCAAGACUACGGGAAAAUGCACGACAGAUCACAUCACACCCGCAGGACUGUGGUUCCGCUACCGCGGCCAUCUCGAAAAUAUUUCGAACAACACAUUGAUCGGAGCUGUCAACGCCGAGUCCGGCAAGGUCAACACGGUCCGCAACCAUGACCCACACCGACGGCGACACCACAAUUACGGCGAGGGUUCCUCGCGCGAGCACGCCGCGCUGCAGCCGCGGUAUCUCGGUGGUGUGGCUAUCAUCGCCAAGAGCUUUGCCCGCAUCCACGAGGCCAAUCUGAAGAAGCAGGGCAUGCUGGCUUUGACGUUUGCCCAGGAGGCUGAUUAUGAUCGGAUCCGUGCUUCUGAUCUCGUUGAUAUUGUGGGUUUGCCGUCUUUGUCUCCUGGCCGGCCACUUACUCUGCACAUUACCCCAUCAGACUCGCGAGAACCCUGGAAGACAGAGCUACGCCAUACUUUUACGCCGGAGCAGAUUGAGUAUUUCAGGGCUGGGAGUGCACUGAACUUGAUGGCGAGCAAAUGCCAUCUAUCUUGA